CGGCAUGAGAAUUCUGAAGCGAUCGUCGUUGAAGAAAUGCGCACGAGACUUGAUUCGUCUCUCGUCCGUUUCGUUCCUUGUGCAUGAGCGUACGGUGGACACGUGCUGCUUUACAGUUACGCUCCAUGUUCUUUGAUCGAUGGACGUUUCUCGGACGCUCUCGUACGAUGUGGAUGGGGAUGGAUGAAGGGUCAGUCAGUCUGAGUGCAGGUUCUUAUUGUUGUCGAUCGCUUAUAGAAGACGCGCUGCUGCAAUUCGUCGUCACAAGGCUUCGAGAUCUUGCAAUUGUAUCGAAGCUUUCAUUCGGAACCGUGAGUGUCGACACGGCUGACGCUUUUUCAGAGGCCACAUAAAUGUCGGAUCCAGUCAACAUCGGCGACAUAUCCUCAACACUCCACUUUCACGGAUCAACCAACGUCAGCCACAUUUCAGCGUUAUGUCCUCAAGCACAAACAGGAUAGUCUAUAUAAAGAAGGGGCCAAGUAAAGACCGAAAAGGAUGGCAAGACCCAUCGAACAACAUGGGGAUGAAAGUACCAAGGCAGCAACUUGCACGCUGAUCGCGUCGUCCUUGCAGCUGCAAAACCAGUGGACUCGCAUCUGGUGCUGAACUGCGAUGGACCGACUACGAUGCCCAAGAUGUCAACACAGAGACGAACUUGAACUCAAUUCGAUUCGAUGCACUUUUCGUCUCGCUUCAGAAAUCCGCACAUUGUGUCAAAGAUUUAACGACCAAGUUCAGGGCCCACAAGCAGUACAGCCUCUGCCUCUCAUUUCUGCGGGCGCCGAUGCCAAACCGUUCAACGAGGUAUUUAUUCAUGGCUUCCUCUCAGUCACGAACGAAAUAAACCGGAUAUUAAAAUCAACCAGCUACCGUACCAAGUGUACCGGAUGGUGAGAGAAUUUUCACAGAUUCACAAAAUCAGCUGAUCGAAUGAUGGAUUUCCUAAACCGACAGAGCUCACCGGAGAGUAGAGGAAAUUUUUUGGUGGAGCGUGUUAUUUUGAAAAUCAGUUGAUAGUGAUCAACAACAGUGUGGC